AUGACCCUGACACUUCUCCUGGCCCUUGCCCUCUGGGCGGGGUGCUCACCCUGCGGUGGAUGGAAGGGGGACCCAGCAGCUCCAACCCAGCCCAGGGUGCAGUGCCGAGCCUCUAGGUACCCGAUCGCUGUGGAUUGCUCCUGGUCCCUGCCGCCAGCUCCAAACUCCACCAAAUCCACAUCCUUCAUUGCCACGUACAGGCUUGGCAUGGCUGCCCAGGGCGAGAGCCAACCCUGCCUCCAGCUGACACCAGAGGCCACCGGCUGUGCCAUCCCAGACAUCCAGCUGUUCUCCAUGGUGCCCUAUGUGCUCAACGUGACGGCCAUCCACUCCCGGGGCAGCAGCAGCAGCUUCAUGCCCUUCAUCCCAGAGCACAUCAUUAAACCUGACCCUCCAGAAGGUGUGCACCUGAGCCCCCUCCCUGGGCAGCGGCUGCAGGUGCAGUGGGAGCCCCCCCGGUCCUGGCCCUUCCCGGAGAUCUUCUCCCUCAAGUACAGGAUCCGCUACAAGCGUCACGGAGCUGCCCGCUUCCGCCAGGUGGGGCCCAUUGAAGCUACGUACUUCACCCUCAGGGCUGUGCGGCCACAUGCAAGGUACUGCAUCCAGGUGGCUGCUCAGGACCUCAUGGACUACGGCGAAUCAAGUGACUGGAGUCUUCCUGCCACUACCCCCCUGAUCCUGGGCAAGUAG